CGAUGACGCAAAUGUCGAUCGUCGCUCGACUCGACGACGAUGCCGGCGGUGACGGAGCGCAAUGGCGACGGACAGCCAGGCGACACGCCCAUGGACAGAAUCUCAUUCAUCCUGCACCAGCUCUCUGGCGAGUUUAGCUCAUCAGACAAGAUCACAGACGAAGCGAGAACACUGCUGCGGCAAGCACGUGAGGUCGUAGAUGGGCAUGAUGACUACAUGACCGAGAUGAGCUCGCCUGCACCGCCUAUCGUCGAGAAGAUGGUCAAAGACGGCUACGCAAAGGACUGGGCAGGGUUGCAAGAGCAAGGCAAGACGAUGUACAAGCUCAUACCCCAGAUGACAGCCGGUGGUUACGAAGCAGUCGUACUGCAACAGCUCGCUCGGGCGACAAAGGCAGAGCGCAUACUCGAGAUUGGCACCUUCACGGGCACGACGACCGUCGCACUCGCACUCGUCAGUUCAGUCAAGCAUAUUGUCGCGCUAGAGAUCGAGCCCUACCUCAAAGAAAACAAUGAGCCUUUCUUCAAAGAGGCAGGCGUGGCAGACAAGGUGGACAUGAGGAUAGGCGACGCGCUCAAAGCGCUCGACAAGCUAGAAGAAGAACAGCAAAGUUUUGAUAUGAUCUUCAUCGAUGCGGACAAGCCUGCGUAUCUCAAAUACUACCACAAGAUCUUGUCAGGCAGCUUGUUAGCUAAGCAUGGCAUGAUACUCGCAGACAACACAGCUUACAAGGCCUCCCCCUGGGCACCUGAUCGCCACUACCUGAGUGGCUCCGCGAUACAUGACUUCAAUCGAGCCGUUCGUGACGAUGCGCGGGUAGACGUCAUCAUGCUGCCUAUCGAAGAUGGCAUCUCACUCAUCCGCAGAGCGGGCGAAUAG